AUGUCCUUCAACUACCCCCACUCCAGACAAUCUGCUUCGGAGUCCUGGCUGAACAACUCUGCUGAAACGUUGAAGUCUGCAAGCAUGAACGCAUCCACAUCCACCACUCCAAACUCUCAUAAUGCAUCCAUGGCGCCGGUUCCACCUGACUCCGACCAGCCGCCGGGGUUCAGAAACCCUUGGUACUCGCCAGGUCAGCAGAUGGCUCCGCUGCUUGGACAGCAACAGAUGGGUACUGGCAUGAACCAUCUGCCUCAACAUCUGCCGCAGCUUUCGUUGCUUCAACAGAAGAAACAGCCGUUUGCUAACCAGCUCCAAACAACGUACGAGAAUGCUGCUCUGCAACAAAACUCACAACAGCCUGUGUUUUAUCCUCCUCUGCGGGCAGACAAUCCCUUUAACCAUUAUUACACCAAUCAGGAGGUUCUGCUUCACCACAUGCCCGAUAGAAGAAUGUCCGCCGCCGUGGACGGGCCGUUGUUCAAUCCUUACGGUAACGCGUUGAAUCUUCAAGCAAAUGCUUCUGCAGCUAAUAGUCAUCUUUAUCCACCGAACACCGCUCAGAAUCCACUCCAGUUCGCUCCGUCAAUUCCAUACAACUCGGCUCGCCGCUCUUCCGUAGCGGCAGGAGCAAAUUCUUAUCAACGAACUCCAUUACAAUCUCGGUACUUUAGUGGUGUCAAUGUGCCACCUACUGCACCAUUUAUGGGUGUUCCUGCUCCUCCUCCUGUCAAGUCUACUCCGAAGAUAAUGAAGGUGCGGUCUAAGAGCGACCUCAAGCCUAAGGUCCAUCACCAGCCAAAAUAUAGAAGAAGAUCGAUCAAUUCGAUUCAUAUAUCUCCAGUGAAUGCGCUUUCAGUCUACUUGACCGAAUCAUAUUCUAUGUGCCAGCCACAGAAGUUUCGUUACUCAAAAACCUCCAACCCUAAGCGUGUUCUCACAAAGCCUCUGGAGCCGAAAUUCAAUAACGGUUACGAUAAUGUGGAUUCCGAUUAUAUCCUUUACGUCAAUGAUAUGUUAGGUACGGAAGAAGGCAGGAAGUACGUUGUUCUUGAUCUUCUUGGAUCCGGCACAUUUGGACAAGUGGUGAAGUGUCAGAAUCUUUCUAACCAAUCGGUAGUAGCGGUGAAGGUGAUCAAAUCGAAACCGGCCUAUCUCAACCAAUCGCUAUCCGAAGUCAAGCUCUUGGAGUUUCUCAACCAGAAUAGUUCAAGCACUACAUUCAUUUCCCUUCUCGAUACGUUUAUGCACAAAGAGCAUCUUUGUUUGGUAUUCGAAAUUUUAGCAUCCAAUUUAUAUGAGCUUAUAAAACAGAACCAGUUUAAUGGACUUAAUAUGAAGCUCGUCAAGUCAUUUACACGGCAGUUGCUCGAGGCAUGUGCUCAGUUGAAGAAUCUUCAAAUAAUACAUUGCGAUAUGAAGCCUGAGAAUAUUCUCUUGUGCCAACCUGAUAAGCCAGAUAUUAAGGUGAUUGAUUUUGGAAGUGCAUGUUUUACAAGGCAAACGAUCUACUCGUACAUUCAGCUGAGAUUCUAUAGGUCGCCGGAGGUAAUCUUGGGCCUACCUUACACUGAAUCGAUUGACAUGUGGUCACUUGGCUGCAUAGUCGGUGAACUAUUCCUUGGCUUACCUAUGUUCCCUGGUUCCUCUGAAUACAACCAGAUAUGGAAAAUAGUUGAUAUGUUGGGAAACCCUCCAAGACAUAUGAUUGAGGUCGGACGCAAUGCCAUGAAUUAUUUUGAAAAGCUACCAUCCUCAGAGGCCAACGGAAAGCCUAGCUAUCGUCUCAAAUCUCACGAAGACUAUCUUGAAUUUUUGAGGACGACAAAGGGCAAAGAUGAAGUUCGCAAAUCUGAACAGCCGAACAAGGAGUACUUCAAUGACCGCUUAUUAAAAGACAUAAUCGUCAACUACAAAAUGCCAUCGAGAAAAAUGACUCAAUCAAUGGUGGACAAAGAAAUGCAUGAUAGGCACUUGCUUGUCGAUUUUUUGGGCAAGGUGCUUAAUUUCAACCCGCUUGAGCGGUUGACCCCACAAGAGGCGUUGAAGCAUCCUUUUGUGAGUGACACGUCGGCACCCCCAAAGAACAUUCCUCUUGACUCACCUAAUCCUUCAGCUAUGGUAUAG